AACGAACCAUGGUUCAUGCGCUUAAAUUCCUCUGGAGAAGUACCCGUCCUGAUCCAUGGGGAAAACAUCAUUUGUGAGGCAACACAGAUUAUUGAUUACCUUGAAGCAACGUUUGUAGAUGAGGAAGUACCAAAAUUAAUGCCAGAAGAAGGGAGCAUGUAUUAUCCAAGGGUGCAACACUAUAGAGAGCUUUUAGACUCCUUGCCUAUGGAUGCCUACACGCACGGCUGCAUCCUGCACCCUGAGUUAACAGUGGACUCCAUGAUUCCAGCCUAUGCUACCAGCAGAAUUCGUAGCCAAAUAAGUAACACAGAAUCAGAGUUGAAGAAACUUGCGGAAGAAAAUCCAGACCUUCAAGAUGCCUAUAUAGCAAAACAGAAGCGUCUUAAAUCUAAACUGCUGGAUCAUGAUAAUAUAAAAUACCUAAAGAAAAUACUGGAUGAACUGGAAAAAGUUUUGGAUCAGGUUGAGACUGAAUUGCAGCGGCGAAAUGAGGAGACACCCGAAGAUGAAAAUCAGCCUUGGCUCUGUGGUGAUUUCUUCAGUCUGGCAGAUGUAUCACUUGCUGUCACAUUACAUCGCCUGAAGUUUCUGGGAUUAGCAAGAAGAAACUGGGGAAACGGAAAGCGGCCCAACUUGGAAGCCUAUUAUGAGCGUGUCCUGAAGAGAAAAGCAUUUUACAAAGUUUUAGGACAUGUCAACAAUAUAUUAAUCUCAGCCGUUCUGCCAACAGCGUUCCGCGUGGCCAAGAAAAGGGCACCCAGGGUUCUCGGCGCCACCCUGCUGGUCAGCACGUUGGCGGGAAUGGGUUAUCUUGCUUUCAUGUGUCUUCGGAAGAGGUUUGCCAACAUAAUGUUAUCGAUUAGAACCAGGCAAAGUUAUUUUUAGACCUGUCUGUCCCUGGUGGUGAAUGGAG